UUUCUUAUGAAGGUUAUGUUUGUUAAAUUUUCAAAACAAACAGAAAUUAACGACAAAUUAAACAAAUAUUUUAUUUUUUUGCAUCGGUAUUCGUAAUUUUGUUUUGCUAUUCAGGAUAAAUAAAUUCUGAAAGUUGCAACAACACAAGAAAAAUGUCUACUAACCAAGUUUUCAACCAACUUCGGCAAGAUUUGCAGAAUGAACUUACUACAACUAAUCAACUUCUUUAUUUUAUAGCUACAGAAUUAAGGCAGAUUAAGGAAUUCACCAGUCCAGGGCGUGCAUUUGAAACAAAUAUUAAAAAAAAUGUUACUACCAUGGAUACACUGGGCCGGUUUCUACCGAAAGGUCUGGACAUAGAGAACAUUCCUCCCGUGAUGAGAACUGACAAAGCAGUGGAGAACCAAGCCAAUGAAGACACAAAUGCUAUGAACACCUCUAAUGUUGAUGAAAGUUGACAAAGGUAAUUUCAAUUAUAAUUUUCUAGGGUGUCAUAUUAAACUUGAUAAGCCAA